GACCCCCUGGACUCUGUGUGUGUACGCAACUGACGAAUAAACACUGACGUGAUCAAAGAACCUUAUUAAAUUUGCGAACUUGCUACGAAUCUAUUCUUUCACCUGACUGUUUUACAGUGUUUUUGAUGUUACAUCAGGAUCAAUUAUGUUUCGUAUUUCGAAACGCAUUUAAUGUAGCGAAACGUAUCCGGAAAAAUUGUCUACGUCUCACAAUUGUUGUACACAUAAUUUGUGCUGCGACAUUGUUAAUUUAUCAUGAUGAAGGAUAUAAAUCAAUUUGUUGCCUGUUCGGGAAGAAAGAGAAGUCUGAGAAGUUACGAGAGCCCACUGAACAGUUUGAGAAAAAGAAAGAAGAAGAAAACUCCAGUCUCUGUAACGCCAGAAGAAUUGGACAACCAAAUUACAAUAGACUCUUUGAACCAACAAUCUUCCUCAAGAAAUAGUGUGAUAGUUAUAACUGACAGUGAUAAUGAAGCAACCAGCAAAAACGAAGAAGAUGUCAUAUUAUCUGACAUAGCAGAGUGUCACUCAGAACAGUCCUUUCUUCAGCAAGAACCAGAAAAAAGGCAGAGAGCUUUCAAGAAUAAAACUAGCAGACCGUCAGUUAUAAUACUAGAAAAUGAAUCAUUUAUAGAUGAUUCAUCAAGUACGAAAGAAUCGUCAUCAAAUGGAGAAAAUGUUGCACCGUCACAAGUAGAAGAUGAUGUGGUUGAAUUAUGGUCAUCUCUGAAGAGUCCGCAAAGAAGAAAGAAAGGGAUGAAAAAAAUAAUAAACAGAUAUUUUAUCAAAUGUGAUAGAGACAGGAAAGCAAAUUUUAGAAUAGACAAGAAGCCAGAUUACACGUAUCUUGGGAUUCUGACGAACAAACAAUCUAUACGGAUGAAAAAGCAAAAGCUGAAGCACAAUAGAAAAAUUGUGAAAAACAUUAGUGAAACUAUCUCUCAGCGCAACGAAUCUGUUGUAAGCCGGGCACGUUUAAGAGCUUGUAACAUUAACAUCAAAGAAACAAAGAAAGCGGAAUGUCAAAAGUUCAAUAACCCAGCUCAUGUUAUUGUCGGAGAAGUGAAAACAACGGAAUGUGAUAAAAACCACAAUAGCACAAAUUUGAAUCGUAAAUUAAGAGAGAUAGUUGUAGAUGGCUGUAACGUAGCGUUAUCACAUACAAACGGUCAGGAAUUCUCUGAAAAAGGCAUUAAAAUAGUUAUAGAUUAUUUUGAGUCGAGGGGUCAUGUUGUAAAAGUUUUCUUGCCGCAGCAUAUUCGAAAGAGAAAAUAUUUGCUUCUCGAGGAAUUGUACAAAAAGGGUAUAGUCGUGUUUACACCUAGUCGCAAAAUCGCUGGCAAACAAAUAACAUCAUAUGAUGAUCGAUACAUCUUGGAAUAUGCAACAAAGUGCGAGGGAAUCGUGAUUUCGUCUGAUCAAUUUAGAGAUUUGUACGAAGAGAAACCAGAAUGGCGUGAUACAAUUCUGAAUCGUUUACUGACGCCCACUUUCGUUGGAGAUUACAUUAUGUUCCCUGAGGAUCCGCUUGGCAAAUCCGGACCUAAUCUCGAAACAUUUUUGCGACAUUGAGAUUAUUACAGUUGUCGAGCUAUAUAAGGCCAAUAUAUUUGUAAUAUUUCCUACAGCACACAUUUCUCAACCAUUGUAGGAAAUAUUAUAAAUUCUAUAAGUGUUAAAAAUAAUUUAUAUUUUAUAUACCACGGUGUAUUGAUAAUGUUCUCCUUAUUUUCUAUUUAUUUUCUUUGAUAGAUUGCGAAAAUUUUGUAUAAUAAAAAAAAAAAAAAACUGUUAUGGUCAGUAUUCUUAGUCUGAUCUCAUUUAAGAACGUCGGAAGUUCAUCUUGUGUGCGAGUUGUUUCAUUGAUUACACAGAUCAUCGAAAGAUGAACUUACAUUUAAGAUGAUCUAAUUAUGUGAGAUUCGACCAUGAAUACCGACGUUUAUGUGAACGGAAAAAUAUUUUUCUUUAUACGAUACUUAUUAAAGACGUGUGUGAGAAUUGUAUACGCGGAGAUACACACAAAACAUCACUAUAACAAGAGAUCCUACGUGAGAUUUGACUAUGAACGCUGUUAUAAACGGAAGAGCAUUUUCGUUUAUAUAUUUAUUAAAAAAAAACGUGCGUAAGAGCGAAAAAAAAAACGCACAAAAUGUACUACUAUACAAGAAAUGUACGAAGAUCUAAAUAAAGAUAUUUUUAUGUAAAUUAUAUAUAUUAUAUUCUCUGCGAAGUGUAUAAAAUAUUUAUAAGAUUAAUUUUUUUAAUGAAAAUGCUUUUACAUGAAUAUACACAUAACGUAUUAUUCUGCUACAAAAAUAGUUAAAUAUCAAAAUACUUUGUUACUACAUUGUAUAAACGUAAUCGCAUACUGAAAUAUAUUAAAAAAAAAAA